UUGAAUCUAACUAUCAAAGGUCUGCCUCGAGAUGACAAUACCUCCUACACCUGUGUGUUCAGCUUUCCUACCGGUGAUCAGAUUUUAUCCCCAGCUGUUCAGUGGAGUAUUGGUAUUGAGUGUAGAAAUCCUAAUGUUGAAAAUCUUAGCGUGAACUUUAACAGCAGUCUGGGAUAUAUCAACGUAAGCUUGGGUAUUUUGUCUGUGGAGACAGACCAGGUGAUUGUUUCAUCACCUUAUCUUUUCUACAACUGCAGUAGUUUUACAAGUUGUGCCAGAUGUGUUGACAACAUUUUCUGGUGCGACUGGUGUAUCACAGAAAACAAGUGUCAGUACAACAUAGAUCAGUGUUCUGGGGAGAAAGUUGGUUGUCAAAAAGCACGUAGAAUCAGACAAGGGAAGAGUUUUUGUCCAAUGGUGGACGCAAGUCAGACCGGUCCCUUAUUGGUAGUACAGAAUCAAAAUAAAACAAUCGUCAUUCAAGGAAAGAAUUUCCCAGAACCAGACAAAUAUAGAGGACAAAUACAGUUACCAUCAAGGAUACUAUAUGUAAAUGGUAGAAGAAUUUCAAGUACUCAAUUAAAUUUCAUUAUCGGCAAGAUUGAAGACGCCUUACCCUUUGGUAUAUAUGAAGCAAGCAUGAAAGUACUGUGGACAGAACAUGAAUUUAACAUUGAAGCAAACCAUUUAACAUUGACUUUGUACAGCUGUCCUGACCAAGCACUAGCAGACUGUACCUUCUGUAAGAAUCUGGCGCUCAGUAAUCCUGCAAUGAAUUGUAAAUGGUGCAGUGAUCAAUGUGUCUACAGUCUACACAACUGUUCAGAUUCAUUAUGUCCAGUCCCAAUAAUCAACAGUGUAAGGAAAUGAGUAAUUUUGUAACAAAUCAAAUGUAUAAUUUGCAAAAAGAUCGAAAUUCAUUCAAGCAUC